GGUGCUUUACAACGUGCGGUAUGGUCUGGGAGUUCCGAACAAAACUGUUUGUCUACGGAGCUCUUUUACUCCGCUACAAGACUGCGUGACUAAAUUGGUGCUAUAGUUAUCCGCGGCUAAUUUAUUGGCUGAAGACUGAAGUCUAAAGGCUUUGUUGUUCUUUCCUCGGGCACACAUCUCCAAUCUGGCUGUUUCUUUCAAUCUUUAUAUUGUUUUCCCUGCACUGAUUUACAUCUAUAUUCUGACAUAUUUUGUGGAGAGAACACCAUAGAGCUGGCGCUGAGGUUCUGGACAAACCUGCAGUUUUGAGCUAAAGGAGAGGAGGGGGAAACGGGAGAGAAGCCGUCGCCUGAACCAUCGCCUGAACCGUCGCCUGAACCAUCGCCUGAACCAUCGCCUGAACCAAGACACAUCAACAGAGACUCAUGGGGUUAGGGGAGGCUUCAGCGAGAGGGACAGCCAUGGACGGAGACUGUCUGAGCUGUAUCAAAUACCUCAUGUUCGUCUUCAACUUCCUCAUCUUCCUGGGAGGCUCCUUCCUCCUGGGUGUUGGGGUGUGGGUGCUGGUGGAUCCUACAGGCUUCAGGGAGAUCAUUACAGCCAACCCUCUGCUCUUCACUGGGGUCUAUAUCAUCCUGGCCAUGGGGGGAAUGCUCUUCCUCCUGGGAUUCCUGGGCUGCUGCGGUGCCAUCCGGGAGAACAAGUGUCUGCUCCUCUUUUUCUUCAUGCUCAUCCUGGUUAUAUUUCUGGCAGAGUUGGCUGCAGCCAUCUUGGCCUUCAUAUUCCGGGAGCAUCUGACCAGAGAGUUCUUCACUAAGGAGCUGAAGAGACACUACAAGGGAUACAACAACACUGAUGUCUUCACCGGAACCUGGAACGCCGUCAUGAACAGCUUUGACUGCUGUGGAGUGAACAGCCCGGAGGACUUUGAGGAGAGCCUGUUCCGGUUGAUCAACCCCAACGAGAUGGUCCCUGCAGCCUGCUGCAGGAGGGGCAGCCAAUCAGGAGACUCGGCAUACGUCAACCAGGACGAGUGUCUCAUGGGGAAAAUGCUCUUCCGAAACAACAAGGGUUGUUACUCUGCUGUGAUUGGCUACUUUGAGCUCUAUAUAUACGUGGCCGGAGCUCUGGCCAUCGUGGUGCUCACCAUUGAGCUGUUCGCCAUGGUGUUUGCCAUGUGUCUGUUCAGAGGGAUCCAGUAGGAUGCUGACAGGUGCCUGACUGCUGUCGCCGCGCGGAUGGGAGCUAGAAAAGGGAAAUCAGGAGGGGGGAAAAAAUGAAAAAUUAACACUUACAAAUGUGUUGUUCUUUUUGUAUCUGCAAAACAAUUUGGUUAGAAAACAAACAAACAAUAAUAAUAUAAUAAUAAUAAUAAUAUAUGCCAUUUAGCUGACGCUUUUAUCCAAAGCGACUUACAGUCAUGUGUGCAUACAUUCUACGUAUGGGUGGUCCCGGGAAUCGAACCCACUACCCUGGCGU